AUGCCGCAGCACACCCUCUUCAUCGCCGGCCCACGCCGCGCGCCCGCGGUGAGCGAGGCUGUCCGCGGAUUGGCCGGCGCGCGCUCGGCAGACGACUGGCGCGUCGCCUUUGCGUGCGGCGAGGCCAGCGCUGCAGCGUGGCAGCCGGCGAGCGAGUGGCCGGCCGAGGCUGCGUCGUCGGCGGGGGUGGAUGCGCGGGGUAUGAUCGCGAGGAUCGCGCGCCUCCUCCAGCUCGUCCCCGCCGGCUCCUCGCUCGUGGUGAGGUGGGCCUUCGAGGGCGACGCGCCGACCGACGAGGCGCUCGGGUUGGGCGUGCACGCGGCGGUCAGCUUCUCCGAGGGCCUGGGCAUCAAGGACUGCCGCACGCUGGUAGUCGAGUGGCUCGACGACGGCCGCGCCGCGGACUCGGCCGCGCUCGACGUGUGGGCCGACGUGCUGCGCGCGCGGAGGGUGGCAGUCGCUGCAGACGCACCCGAAGAGGAGGCGCCGGCGCAGUGUCACGCACCCGGCCGCCGCCCGCGUCGCACGGUCUCUGACGCGGCUCCCGCUCCCCCCUCUCCUCCUCGCCGCAGGCCGCCCGGCUGA